AGUGGAGCGUACUUUAUGUUACGUCCAUAACCUCAAAGAGAAAAAGAAAUUUCUAGAGGCUUUUGCGUUAUAUUCCUCCACGUCGAGGAGAAGACGCUUUUCGUUCCGUCCGGAACGUCAAACAAAAAGAAAUUUCUUGUUUUAGGUAUACGCUAUAUAACCCUGAGGUGGGUUGAAGGCGUUUUUUGGUCCAGCCGGAACAUAAAAAAACAAAGAAAUUCUUUAUAACCUAUAAAAACAUAGUGAAGAAUCUUGAGGAAUAUUGUAUUAUCUGUGAUCGAAAUUGUUAUAUUACGACAUAAAUGAAAUAAAAAUUCGUAAAACGUAAGAAAAGUGACGAACGUAUAGUAUAAAGUAACAAGACAAUGAGUCAACGAAGAGCAAAUGAAGGGAGAUGAUUGGAUUCACUCUACGGAUUAUUGCUUAGAUAUGUAACACUGGGGAAAAAAGAUGUCAAACUGUCAUUAUCUUGUGGAAGUUUAAGGCGUUUGAAAGCAAUUUAAAACACGAAAAUACAAUAAAAGCUAAUAAGCCAAACUAGACUGAACAAAUUGCAUAUAUCCGAUGCCACUCGGUAAUAAACCAGAGUGCACAAAAUGUGGGACUCAUGAGACCCCGUUGUGGCACUCUACUGAAGCUGGCAAUCUCUGUAAUGCCUGCUUGGAGGAAGAGCGAAGCGCUGAGGCAAGUGUAUCUACGAAGACGGACGAAGAGGAUAAGAACAGUUCACUGAGGCCUAGGAGAAGUACCAGGAUCACCAGAUACUGCAAUUCGAAGGCAACUGGACCACACAGAGUGGUGCCCAAGGGCAAGGGCCGCAGGAACUUAUUCAAAAAAACACCAGUCAAAGCACCCACGGCCACUGCGACUCCAGUCACGAGUAACUACGUAUUUUAUAAAGGCACGUACAUUCAAGUCGGAGAUAUAGUCUCCAUGCAGGAUAUCGACGGUGGUAUUUAUUACGCUCAAAUACGCGGCUUGCUAACCGAUCAGUAUUGCGAAAAGAGCGCUGCCAUUACUUGGCUACUCCCCACUACGGCCAGUCCCCCACCAGAAGAAGGCUUUGUUCCUGAGACCUACAUAAUUGGACCGGAGGAAGAUCUACCGCGUAAAUUAGAAUGCAUGGAAUUCGUGAUGCACGCGCCGUCGGAUUAUUUCAAGCUGAAGAACACGCCUUAUCCGCCUCUGCUCACGGAAAGAGGACUGGGUUACGUGUGGACGACGCUUAGAAACGAAACGGCUUUGUACAAAAAGUGACGAUGUAAAUCUUUUGGAUUACGUUUGUCGUACCGAUUAGCUCUUUCUAAGCCUAAUCUUAGCCUAAUCUCAGCUGAGCAAAGAUAAGUUGCAGAAUAAUUCACAUGCGAGUGAUUUUUUAUUUUGUAUGUUACUUUAAUUAAGAGUAGUUGUAAGUGACGUUUAUAAGAUAAGCGUACAUAGAUUAUUUUGGAGUAAACGUGCAGCACGAGAGUAAUCUCGAGAAACGGAAAAUAAUAUACACUGUCAAUUUGUUCAUUAAAUAUAUUUUCGUUAUAAUAU